GUUCUGAGGGCUGAGGAAGGUCCAAUAUAUGAGUUGAGUAAUUAUGACAAUUUCCCGGAGUGGAUACGGCUCAAGGACCGGAAACUCUUGCAAUCAAGAAACACGAAUGACAUUACCAUCGUGAACGCUGUAGUUGCGAAGGAUGGGUAUGGGGAGUAUCACAUCAUCCAAGAAACUAUUGACGCGGCGCCGAAGGACAUCGCAAUGCAGUGGGUGAUCCGUAUCAAGGCUGGUGUUUAUAACGAGUAUGUGGAGGUGCCGAAAUCGGUGAAGAACCUUGUCAUUUUGGGCGAUGGGGUUGACCAGAGUGUCGUCGGAUACUAUGUCACAACAUUUGCUACUGCCACGAUGGCUGUGCUAGGGGAACAUUUCAUAGGCCGUGAUUUCACGGUGCGGUGGCGCUCAAGGUCCAGAGCGAUAAGUGCGCAUUCUGGCGAUGUUCUUUCGAGGGGUACCAAGACACACUCUACACUCACAGCAACCGGCAAUUUUAUAAGGGCUGCAGGAUCUUCGGCACAGUGGAUUUCAUUUUCGGCAAUGCUGCCGCCGUCUUUCAGUCCUGCACUCUAUUGGCUUGUGCACCACUCCCUGAGCAACAAAACACCUUCACAGCCCAAGGUAGGACCACCAGCUCCCAAAAACACGGGCUUAUCGUUCCAGAACUGCGUGGUGGAUGCGGCUUCCGAACUCAAAAAUCUCCAGAACCAGACCGUCAACUGCUACCUCGGCCGACCAUGGAAUGAGUUCUCCAGAACUGUGUUUUUGAUGUCCACUCUGACGAACGGCAUAAACCCCGAGGGAUGGCUACCUUGGAACGGCGCCUUGUUCUUAAACACCGUCUUCUAUGGAGAGUAAAAAAGCACGGGAUCUGGCUCCUGUACCGAUCGCCGUGUUUCAUGGUCGACUCAAAUUGAAGCCCCGUCAGUUGCAAAUCAGUUUACAGUCAAUAGUUUGAUUGCAGGCGCAUAUUGGCUUCCGCAGACUACUAUAGUCUACAACCCAGAGCUCUAAUCACCAAUCCAGCUCCACCCACGACGAAAUUAGCAGAAAAGAAGCGCGGAUGUAAGAUCUUUUGCAAUCACAUCGGAAUUCAAAAGAAUUUUCAGGAUAAAGUCACUAAUUCUCGUUAGAACAAAAUAAAAUCUUAAUGACUUGCGAGCAUGAAUUUCCAGUGUGCACCCUUUCCUGCUCGGCCUAGAUCUACAUAAUACCUAGCAACAAAAUCCUCGUGCAGAUGGCAGACGUCUAGCUAGCACUACCUGCAAAGUGAAAUGGAUUCAUUGCUCGUGAAGCAUCGGCAAAAGUAUACUUUGAGAACACUGAAUGGACAUCGACCGGGGUUUUGCUCAGAGCUGGGACGAGGUCGAUGGAGUGGUAGGAACAAAUCAAGCUCAUUACAAUUACGCCAUCUGGUACAGGGGCAUUAAAGGCUGCUCGUGUGCAGCAUGUGCUUGACUGCCACUUGAAUUUAAAACUUCUGCAACUGCAGUGGUGUUCGACAAA